UCUGCCAAAGUACACUGUACGUACAUUAGCUAAAAUUAUGGAGGCUUGCUAUCGUCUAUGUGCGAAGGCAUUUCGACUUGUUCCUAAUCCAAACGUCUGUUUCAAGUGUUUGAGACUGUGCUCAUCGUCAAGAUCUGGAAAACCUAGAGCCGAUGGGAAAUCAUUCUAUGAUAUACUAGACGUUGAAAGCUCUGCCACCAGACAAGAGAUCAGAGAAGCAUUUAUUAUCAAGUCUAAACAGUGCCAUCCAGAUAAAGACCUCACUAACCGACAACUUCAUCAAGAAUUUGUGUUGAUCAAUGAAGCAUAUAAUGUUCUGAAUGAUCCCAUACAACGCAGGAAUUAUGACAUUCAGCUUCGUCACUUGUCGUUUAAUCCAUUAUCACACUAUAGUAGUCAAACAAGUGCAAACACAGUCUAUCACAGGAGUGAACAGUGGAGGGACAUACAGUUCACUCGAGAAGAGUAUUACCGUGACAGACGAAGUCGCAACUUGAAAAUGGCUGGCUUGUUGGUACUUAUCGUGAUCACAGGAGCAAUUGUACAAUAUAAAAGAUUGCAGUCGGCAUAUGAAACUAUUGGGCAGAGGUUAGAUGACCGUUCACGGCAACUAAGUCUUCAAUAUCACAAAGUGCGAGAACAAGCAAGGUCCACUACCACCAGACAACAACUAGACAAUCUGAUAUUACGUCACCAGCAAGACAAAUUGCACAAUGAAGACUGUAAUGAAACCAAUAAAGACACAAGAAACCCAUAGUCAAUUCUCUGUACAAAACUAUUUGUUGAAACGUACAACAUACUAUUAAAUACAUCUCCCUUG